AUGAAUUCAUCUGACUCUGAGAUUGUAGCUUCCAUCAUGCAAAGCUCAGGCUAUCAUAGGGUAGAGCAGCCUGAGAACGCCAACGUGCUCAUGUUCAAUACUUGCGCAGUGCGAGAGAAUGCAGAACAAAAAGUCUGGGAGAGAUUGAAAAAGAUCAAGAGCAUGCUGGACCAUCACCCAGACCGACGUUGGCGGCAACGAGCUUCAGUUGGUGUCCUUGGUUGUAUGGCUGAGCGGUUAAAGAAGAAGUUGUUAGAGACUGAUCGCUUGGUCGACUUUGUUGCUGGCCCAGAUGCUUACAGGGACAUUCCAAAUCUGCUGAACACUGUGGAAAGUGGGCAAAAAGCCAUGAAUGUUCAGCUUUCGUUGGAUGAAACAUAUGCUGAUGUCGCUCCGGUGCGGUAUGAUGGCAAUGGAAUUUCUGCAUACAUAUCAAUCAUGCGUGGUUGCAAUAAUAUGUGCAGCUACUGUGUUGUACCUUUCACAAGAGGUCGAGAAAGAAGCCGCACUCUCGAAUCGAUUGUGAAUGAAGUGAAGGAUUUAAGUGCCAAGGGUUACCGAGAAAUCACCUUGCUGGGACAGAAUGUGAAUUCUUAUUGGGACCAGACCUUUUCCGAAGGAUCAGUUUUGUGUCCUAAGAGAAUUCGGGCAGGUUACGUGUCGUAUCCUGGUUUCAAUAACAUCUACAAAAGUCGUCACGGGAGUGGGGCACGCUUUAUUGAUCUGCUAGAUCAGGUUUCAGCUGUUGAUAGCAGAAUCAGGAUUCGUUUCACAUCACCGCACCCAAAGGACUUUCCUCCUCAGCUGUUGCAGUUAAUCGCCGAGCGACCAAAUUUGUGUAAAUCAUUACAUAUGCCAGCGCAGAGUGGAAGUACCAGUGUACUUGCUCGAAUGCGACGUGGAUACACCCGAGAAGCGUACAUGCAGUUGAUAGAAGAAGCACAGAAAACCAUCCCUGGUCUCAGUAUUUCUACCGAUAUCAUCACCGGUUUCUGCGGAGAGACAGAAGAAGAGCAUCAGGAAACACUCUCUUUGUUAGAGGAAGUGAAAUUUUAUCAGGCUUUUAUGUAUGCAUACUCAGAAAGAUCGCACACCCAUGCAAAGCACAACAUGCCUGACGAUGUUCCCCAAGAAAUCAAAUCUCGUCGUUUGCAGGAGAUCAUAGAUACCUUCAGAAAGAAUGCAGCUGAGAGUUGUUUGAAUGAGCUGGGAAAAGAGCACGUUGUCUUGAUAGAUGGACCCAGCAAGCGAUCCUCGCCCGAGAUGCCACAGCUGGUUGGCAGGACAUGUACGAAUAAGUUAUGCGUAUGGGAUGUCAAGAGUGAUGAGUUGAAUCUUUCUCUUGCUCCAGGAGAUUAUGUCAAGGUGAAAGUAUUAGACGCCAAUGCUGCAACCUUGAAGGUCCAGCCUUUGACAAAGCUGAAUGCAUAGAUUUUAGUAGCGGCUCCGCACGGUAAGGUCAUUAGUUCUUCAAACAUUAAGUCGAAAGGAAUGAUAACAACAAAUGG